CUGGCAGCCCAGCCGCCCUCAGAGCCUCCGUGCCCUCCUGCCACCCAGCUCCACCUGCAGCCACCAUGCGAAUCCACUACUUGCUGCUGUUGACAUUCUGCUUCCUCUUCUUCCAGACCGUCCCAGGUGCUGACCUGCUCACAGGUCUCGGCCACAGAUCUGACCAUUACAAAUGCGCCAAGAAUGGAGGGACCUGUCACUAUUCCUCUUGCCCGCUCUUUUCCAAAAUCGAGGGUACCUGCUACGGAGGGCGAGCCAAGUGCUGCAUAUGAGCCGGGAGCGAUUGCAAGAAACAACUCCAAAGUCCAGUGAAAGAUUUUUAAUCAUUGUUUCAAUAAAGGAAAGCACUAUGAA